GCUGCAUCCGCCCGUGGUGCGACUAGAAGCUUCUUGGGCGACCAGGCCAGAUGUGGACAGAUUGGUCUCUGCUUUUGAGGUUCUCCACAGAAUGUGAGCACCACCUCGAGUUGCCCGAGGCUCUACAUAUUUGCAGGAGACUCUGCCCCACCCCCGACUUGUUCCCGCGGGAAGAAGAGAGGCGGGAUGCAGAAGGCUCAGGUCCUGCGGGCUUCAAGCAGUAGCUCCUGAGUGCUGUCACUCGGCCACUCCCGGGUCCCGCCUACCUUCCCCGCCACCGGGGCGGGGACAGACAGGUGCCGCCACAGACUCCUGGAUCCACCGAGCAGGCAGACCCUCCGUGACCCUAGGCCUGGAGGGGAAAUUACUCCUUUAAUUACGGCACCCUCUGUUCCCUUUAUCAUUUGCUGCAAUUACGGGCACCCUCUGUUCCCUUUAUCAUUCAAUGAGUCAGGAAGUCAGCAGAGCAGUGACUGACAAGGCUUCUCCUCCUUCGGCCCUGGUGGGUUUCCUGUGUAGGAACCAGGGAAAGGAGCUGACAAAACACCAAAGAUUCCUGGGUGAAGCUUGACCAGGAGAAAGCUCUCUCCACCCCCCUGCAACCUGACCUGGAGGACAGGAUAUCGUCUGGCCCAGGCUGCCCACAAUGGCCUUCCUGACACACCUGCUGGUCUGCGUCUUUGGCAUGGGCUCCUGGGUGGCCAUCAAUGGGCUCUGGGUGGAGCUGCCCCUGCUGGUGACCAAGUUGCCCGAGGGCUGGUACCUGCCCUCUUACCUAACUGUGGUCAUCCAACUGGCCAACAUAGGUCCCCUCCUAGUCACCCUGAUGCAUCGCUUCCGACCCGGUUGCCUGUCUGAGGUGCCCGUGAUCUUCCUUAUCCUGUGUAUAGGCACAGCUGCCUGCAUCCUCCUAGCCUUCCUGUGGAGUAUGACCUCCUGGAUACAGGGUAGACAGCAUAGUGUGGCCUUCAUCGUCCUCACCUUCUUCCUGGCCCUGGUGGAUUGUACUUCCUCUGUCACCUUCUUGCCCUUCAUGAGCCAGCUGCCCACGUACUAUCUUACUACCUUCUUUAUAGGCGAGGGGCUCAGUGGCCUCCUGCCUGCACUGGUGGCCCUUGUCCAAGGCUCAGGUAUCACCACCUGUGUCAAUGUCACGGAGACACCAGGUACCACCUUGAACCCUGUGACCACUAUGGAGACUUCCAUCACUCAGAGAACCCUUAGCCCUUCCCUGACGCCCCUCACCUGGCACCUGGAGAGCCGAUACCUGGCUCCACGCUUCUCGCCACUGCUCUUCUUCUUACUGCUCUCCUUCCUGAUGGGCUGCUGCCUGGUCGCCUUCUUCCUCCUGCAGCGGCAGCCCUGGGGACGGCAAGGCUCCAUAGAGGACCUCCUCCACUCCCAGGUCACCCUGCACUCGAUCAAACCACGUGACACAGAGGACAACGGCUCAGUGGGCGCCCCUGUGAGCAGCCCAGGCAAGGGAUCAGUGGAAGUCAGUGUAGCUUCACUCCGCCCAGCCCAGCUGGCCUUCAUCUACUCCGUGGUAGCCUUUGUCAAUGCGCUCACCAAUGGUGUUCUGCCCUCAGUGCAGACCUACUCCUGCCUGCCUUAUGGGCCUGUUGCCUACCAUCUGUCUGCCACCCUCAGCUCCGUGGCCAGCCCCCUCGCCUGCUUCCUCCCCAUCUUCCUGCCUAACAGGUCGCUGUUAUUCCUGGGGGUGCUCACAGUGUUGGGGACUGGCUUUGGGACCUACAAUAUGGCCAUGGCUGCUAUGAGCCCCUGCCCCAUCCUGCAGGGUCACUGGGGUGGAGAAGUCCUUAUCGUGCUCUCCUGGAUGCUGUUUGUAGCCUGUCUCAGCUAUGUCAAGGUGAUGCUGGGUGUGAUCUUGCGUGACCGGAGUCGCAGCGCCCUCUUGUGGUGUGGGGCAGCAGUGCAGCUGGGCUCUCUGAUUGGUGCCCUGCUCAUGUUCCCGCUGGUUAAUGUACUGAAACUCUUCUCAUCUGCUGACUACUGCAGCCUGGACUGCUCAGCCUAGGCUCGCCUGGCCACCACAGGACACCAGGUACCCCCAUUGCUGAAGUUAAAAGCCAGAAGAGCCCAGAGACACAAAGGGUAACAACCCUUUGCCCUACCCCCACCCCAACCAACCCCAAUCCCACAUGGUCACAGAUCUGGGUUUGGGGAUCAGCAAGGCUAGGCCUGAGCUUUUUAACACAAUGACCUCCUCCCAACCUGGAGUUUCACAGUGCAGCCCCUCCCCCAACCCUGUGACCCAGUGCGUAUGAGCUGCAGUCUUCAUUCUCAGUCUUUGGAGAGAUCCGGUUUGUAGCGUUCAGCUGGAGGCAGCCUAAGGAUGUUAGGGGAAGAUCCCUGGAAGAUUAAGCUGCCCCUUGCUUACUGUGAGACCUUGGGGAAGUCUCUUUACUCUCUAGGCCUCUGCUCAUUAAAGGAGGGCUGAAGUAAACAGCCUUUCGCUUGUAGGCUUAGGCAUCUAACAGGUUCUCCUGAACUCUCUCCUCUGUGGACACACUUCUUAAUACAACCUGGAGGUGAUCAGAGGACUUGUGCGGGACCCUACCUCCAUCUCUCUUCUACAUCCCAAGCCUGUUGGUCCUG